CAUGGCACGAAAAAUUGUAAACAAAGAUGACCGAUUUAUCGAAGUGUGUACGGAAGUAUCAAGGAUCAAGGAUUAUAUUAUUUUUAAGUAUUAUAACAAUUGAUGCAGAUUGAUGUAACAAAAUAUUGUUUUUCGGUGACACAAAUGUGAUUUAAUGACUUAUAUAUUGAAGGCUAUAGGUACAUCUAUAGAUUAAACAAUGGUAAAAGUGUGUGUGGUGCCAAGUUGCUUGAAUAGAUGGAAAAAUAAAGAGCAUAUAAAACGCCACAGGAUAUCUUUUUUCCAACCUACGACAACAAUUAGAUUACAGCGAUGGUCGAAAGCAUUAGGUAUUGUUUUGAAAUCUACAGAUAAGGUAUGCCAGUUUCAUUUUAAAGAACAAGAUGUUAAAUUUUAUGAUAAAAUUGUCAUUGGAAAUACUGUCCACUUACAGUAUUUACAUAGGAAAAUAUUGAAGGACAAAGCCCUGCCUACAAAGGAAUAUCAGUUUAAUUUAAAUUCUGAGUUGCAACAACAGCAACAAGCAAGACAGGAACCAAUAAAUGAAUAUUAUACACGUAAGUAUUAUUAUACACAGCAACAACAGCAUCAAUUAACAGAAAUAAUAGACCCUAUUGCUCAAAUCAAAGACAAAAUUUCAGCAUUGCCACCUUAUUGGUUUUAUAUUAAUAAACCUAAAGAAAUUGAGUUUAUGCGAUUAGAUCCUACAAGCAAGCAGAUCGUAAAUCACAUAAUUUUAAACGAAAAUCUAUCUAUUAUAGUAGUUUAUUCUAAUAAUGAAAAAAAAGCCUUGGAUGAAAAAAUAGUUUCUUCUGAUGAGGUUUAUGAAUAUUUAAAGUCUGUUGAAAAGUGGCCAUUAUGUGUUGGUACACAAUUUGAUAAAAAAAGAUAUUCUCAAGAAUGUAAAGGAGUCGUCAUUGGAGAUGAUGCUUAUCAGAGACAUCAAAUGAAUCCACGUUGCAUGUCUUGUGCAGUUCUUCGUCUCCGAUUUCAGAAGCAUCGACGUCUUCAGUCACAUCUGAACAGUAAUCAACAUUUACAGACAGUGUAAAGGGUUAAAAGAAGCAGAUGUGAGAUACUUGAUUCAAGAUGUCAUGGAACCGCACCAGAAUUCGCGCUCGCGAGUUCAUAAGUAUAUCUGGAUUAAACUGGGUGAAUAGUUCUUAGAGUUGACCAUUUUUUGUAUUAUUAUUAUAAUUUGUACAUUUCAUGUUGAAUACAGCAAUUUACAAUAACUCAGCAUUGCAUUUCAAAUAUCUUAAAAAAUAAAAGUGUAUAGAUUGAUACAGGAAAUAAGAUGCCAGUUACCUGUGUAGUUCGCCAACUCUACGAAUACGAUUUGACAAGAAAAUUUUGUCUAUCUUUGGUACAGAUUAGAAAGUAGACUCACUCUAAAACAUUCAAUUAUCAGCUCCACAAGUCUUUUCUAAUUACAACGGUUCAGACAUAACCAUCAUCUUUCAUGAAGUAUGUGUAAUAUUACAUAACUUCAAAUCAGUUCUGUAAUUAAUGUAAUUGUGAUAAUUUGUAAAUUUAUAUUGAUGUUGACUUAAUUUUUAUA